CCCCUUUAAAUGAUUAAUAGGCUUAUAACUUGUGAUUUUAACGGUUUAAUGGUGCUGGAUGGUCACAUUUGGAAGCUCAAGUGCCUCUUUGGUGAUGAAGUGAUGAAAAUGUUGUGAAAGUUGGCAUAAACGACUUACUUAUCUGAUGUUUGAUUUAGUGAGUGGUUGUGGUGCAUUGUCACCACUGACUGGCGGUCAUAGUUCAGCCUAUAUCACUAAAAGGCAGCCAUGUAGCCUAUAUACCACAUAGACCCCCAACAUUAUUUUUAUUAUAAGGAUAAAGAGUCGAUGCACACCAAGAGAGAGGGGGAAACCUUCUGAUCCACAGCAGCAAUGAUUCACCUGUUUAUUCCAAGGAGAGCCUUAAGCAGAUGAUUGAAGUGUAAUAUGCUCAAACGCUGAAGCACCACAGCAUCCCACACACACAUACACACACACACCGACACACUGGAGCUCCGCCACAGCCUGCAGCUGCAUUGACGGUAAACAGAGGCAAGGUAGCGCAUGGGCAGCCAGCAGGGAAUUAUUCCACAUCGCAUCACAUCACCGAGCAUCCAUGGCGUCCUCACACACCGAGCCAUGAAUUUAGUGUGCAGGCUGACGGGGUAGCCGCCAAUUCUUCUUCUUUUUUCUUUUUUCUUUUUUUUGCAGCCAUCAUUCUCCUUUGCGUCGGUGUGCAGCAGCAGCAGCAGCAUCAGCAGCAGAGAGGGAGAUUCAGCGCACAUUGCUCCAGUUUGGUGUCAUUUUUUUUUCUGAAUCUUUGACGAUGGAUGUGGGCUCGUCCGGAUCUAUUCCUGCAAAUACGGCGGAUUUUUUAUUCCAAACGCAUCCGCAUCUUCCCUAUGUUGCAAGGUGUCUUUGAGAGAAAAAAAAAAAAAAAAGGGUAUACAGGACCUCUGGAGGAAAUGAGAAGAAGGGUCUAUUUUGACUCACGCCUGUCGAGAUGGAGGCGUCAUUAAGAAGACCUGUACGUUCAAGAUCAAACGCGCCUCAUUAGAUCAUUAAGGAUCAUUGUUAAUCUGCGUAAGAAGAGCAAAGGGGCAUCUCGUAGCUGUGACCUGCAGUUUUUUUUUGUCCUAUGAGCACUGAAUCACAAAGAAGAUUGAUCCCACCGUCGACCCGAUGUAGGAACUGCUCCCUCCGAUUCCCACAACUCUUGUUUGGAUUUCAGCAUUCAGUCAAAUCCACCAGGACGGAGUAUGCCAUCUGCACCUUUUCACAGAAUCCUACGACCCCUUCUGCUCGGCACUUUCAUACUGGGAUGCUUUGUGACUCUGUUUUUAAUGUAUUUUAAACCAUCCACCAGCUGGCUAACCGGUCCUGUAGAGUCCACGGUAUCCACAGACCGGGUCAAGAACCUCUUUUCCAACAAGAGCGACAAAAACGUGACCACCGUGCUGAUCUGGCUCUGGCCCUUCGGACAAACCUACGACCUGGGCGUGUGCAGCUCCCUCUUCAACAUAGAGGGCUGCUUCAUCACUGCCGACAGGAACCUCUACAACAAGUCGGAUGGCGUCGUCAUCCAUCACCGAGACAUCAGCACCGACCUGUCCAACCUGCCGCCGCUCCAGCGACCAUCCUUCCAGAAGUGGGUAUGGAUGAACUUGGAGUCGCCGUCGCACUCCUCCCAGCUGCCCGGGAUCGAGAACAUGUUCAAUCUGACUCUCAAUUACCGUCAGGAUGCUGACAUUGAAGUGCCUUAUGGGUCCAUCGUAGCAGCGGAGGGCGAUGAGGACUUUGUCCCGCCCAGCAAAAACAAGCUGAUCUGCUGGAUCGUGAGCAACUGGAACCAGGACCACGUGCGGGUGAAAUACUACAAUGAGCUGUACAAGCACAUCGAGGUUCACGCGUACGGACAAGCCUUCGGGGAGUACAUCUCGGACCAAGACUACUUCCCCACCAUCGCCAGCUGCAAGUUCUACCUGGCUUUUGAGAACUCCAUCCACAAGGACUACAUCACUGAGAAACUGUACAACCCGCUCUCUGUCGGGACGGUGCCGGUGGUUCUGGGCCCGCCCCGGCAGAACUACGAGAACUUUAUCCAGGGGGACGCCUUCAUCCACGUGGACGACUUCACCUCACCCAAGGAGCUGGCCGAUUACCUGCUGCUCUUGGACAAGAACGAGGAAAUGUACCUCAGGUACUUUGAGUGGAGGCGGCACUUUAAAGUAAAGAAGGCCUAUUUCUGGGCAGAGCACACAUGCCUGGCUUGUGAUUACCUGCGGAGGCACAAAGAGUACAAGGCAUUCAAUAACCUUGACAAGUGGUACUGGGGCGGAUAGUGCUUUGAAGGGCUAUGCAGUGCUUGUUGUGUUGUUAAAGGCAGUGCUUUAAGAUUUUUGUCCUUCAGUUAACAUGAAGGUUCAUUACGGUCGUGUCCAGAGCUCCCGAAUUAUGUUUUCUAUUUGUGGCCCAGCGAGACAUCCAUCUUGUUUAAUUUCAUUUGCAAGCCAAUUUUGCUAAGCCUUACUUUGCCUUUUUGUGUUCAUUUAUUAUUUAAAUUUGAUGAAUUACAAAUGCACUACAUUUGUUAUUGUUAAUUCAACCCAUGUUUUGCUUAACAUUUGCUGCUAUUUUUUAUGCUUUUGUUCUUAGUACGAAUGUGCGAUUGUAUGGAUGUCCCUGUAUAACAGACGACAUUCAUGAUGCAAGGCUGUUUCUUUAAAUUUCACCUUUUCAUGACGACGGAAUAGUGUCGGCUGCAGAAGGGAGACUGACAUAAAAAGUGCAAAUAUUUAUGUAAUAUUUAUUCAAGUGAGGCAUUAUAUGACAAAAAAAAAACAAUGUCAUCUGUGCUAGUGAUGCAGUCACCUAUGCAGUGUUUACUGAACUCAAAUGUGAAAGUAGUUCAAUUGUGUUCAUGUACAUAUUGUGUAUUUUUGGAAUUAUGUAGCUGUAAUUUUUUUCCCAUAUUUUUUUUGGAAGUUUGCACUGCUAAUCCAACGAUUACCUAUCUCUACAUAUGUACAGUGAGACAGACGGACGUCGUGUUGUAGGUGGCAUAUGGUGAUCAUUUCCCCGGUAGUCUCUGGCAGCAGAUGCGACUUUGCUCUGCAAGAGGGAGGUUACUAUUUUAAUUAUGUUGUGAAUUGUUCAUUGUCACAUGUGACGUGUCACACGGUGCAGUUAGAUCCUGUGUGGAUGAUGAUAGUACAGUACAGAGCCAUUGUACUGCAAUAUGAAACCCCUAGACACCUCAUUAUGUUGCAUUCUGAUUUGAUCUGUUAUUUUUAAUUGAACAAUGGGAAAUAGCACAAAAUGAACAUACUACUGAAGCUGUGCGAACUGUACUGUCAUCCCACAAUGUGACAUCAAAUAUUUGCACUGAUAUUUUCAAGUAUCUGCCCACAUGUUUAGGACCUCUUAAGAAAAAGAUUACAGCAAGAUUAGGCAUCUUUGAAUCAUCACAUCGCAGUGUUGAGUGGGCAGUUAGAGGACUGCAUGUGAAAGAUAUUUUUUCUGUAUUUUCUUUUUUUUGUUGUUUACACUCCUGUUUACAGUUGUGUGGCUCACCAGCCAACCUACACCACUCAAGAUCACACUACAAAAAGCAUCAGCAUCUGUAAAUAUCACAUCACUUUUAAAUGUUGUUAGAACAGCUGAACAAUGCAUCUCAACAGCACUCAGCAGCUAUUGACGUGAUGGUUGAGUUUUUACAGAAAGAACUGUGAAAAACCAAGUCAACAUUUUAUGCAAGAUAAGCCGGUGUCUUGGUCAAAGUACUCUUAACAUGUUUCAGGUUGUUAUAAUUUUGAUAUUUCUUCACUGUCAAAGGGACCAUCGAUGUAAAUUAGGAUUAUUUUUCUUAUGGAGUAUGGUUCCAAAUGCCAUAGUGAAACCUGUAUAUAUAUAAACCGUGUAGUGAACUGAAUCAUCGUCUGGAUCAAACCAGCCCGCUAACACUGAUCAUUCCUGUAUGUGCACCGGACUGGGGGAGCUCCAACAGCGUUUGCAUUUAUGGGGGAAAGAAACAAUAUGUUGUAUAUAUUUUUAAUGUUCAAAUCUCUUUAUAACAUGCAAGUGUUGUCAGGCGGUGAAUGUGAUUUUGCUGCGCGUUUGUGGGUAAUGUUGGUGCUUUGAGAGGAUGUGAAACAAGAAAGGAGACACUUGAAAAGGAUAACCAUCGUCAGAGACAAUGGUGUUGGGAGGUGGCGGUUUUCAUCAAGGGAGGCAAUUUUUUUUAUUAGGCGGUAAUCUGUUGGCAUGACCUUAUUGAAAAAGUCGUGUCAAAAUGCAGCAGAGAUAUAGCACUUUUAUUCAUGUGGAGUUGUGUGACUCACUGUGCUAGUGGCUGUCUUUAGAUGGAGCUAUUGUGAGUUCAGAAACUGUCAUCCAAGACCUCUUCUGUCCCACAGAUUAACUAUGAAACUGCCACUCAUGGUUUCAUAUUGUACAGUCCUAUCUCAUGUAAGAAAACAAAAGGUUUCUUGUCCAAUGUGGUUGGUGACUUUAAGAAACAUUUUUUUUUUUCUUCGUGUCGUCUGUCUCUUUCAUCCUCUCUCCCUUUCUCUCUUUUUUGCACAAAAACAAACAUGGAGAGCUGUGGCUUCUCUGUCCCCCCCUCCCUGUCUGAGUCUGUGAGUGUGUCACAGCACCAGAGAGUGAAUCAGGAUGUCUCUGGAUAUACUGUCCUUAAAAAACACUGUAUACUGAGUGGGAUGAAAUCUUUGUGUGUGGUUGAACAUGACGAUUUUUUCCAGAAAUGCUCAUUUUCUGCCAGUUCGCUGAAAUAAUCAGUGAGUCAAUCAGUACAAGUUUUUUUGCCAAAUCAUUGUAUUUUGCCAAAUGUUGUGUUUUAACUGUAGAUGUCUGAUAGUGUCAAAGAAAAUAAAGAUAUGGACAAAUGAGCAAACGUGA